CGAAAACUCUAUGACAACUUGGGCGGCUAUGCUCGCAAAACACAGAAUAUGAGGGUUGCCGGUCGCCACCCACCUUCACAGGUCUGGAACACGGCCAACCUCAUUGUUGAAAUGCGUCAGCUGUGAGAGUUUACUGUGUUAGACCGGCCUAUCAAUACUCCACAGAUUAUACAGAAGUAGGGCUACUCAACUAACGCCAACUUUUGUGUCGUAUGACUCCUCGCUACUGUCACUGGCUGCUACAAAAUUGUUCCAGAUCCAGCUAUGACGUUUGCUCAGUUUUACUGCUGUGGUAUCAAAACCACCAGGUGAUGCCUCAGGCGACUACAAGAGCGUAGAUCUAGCCCACAUGAUCAAUAGUAUACAAGCAAUCGCCAACAUACACUCACAUCCCAGAGGCGGAACCAGAGCAAACGCAAGAUGCCAAAGCUAGACAAAACCGCAUCUACUCAGAUAACUCAGUACGCGACGGACCACUACCCAAAGUAUGUAAAGCUCUCAGAGUUCUUGCACGGGGAGCUCCAAACGCUGAUAAUCGACGUUGCGCCACACGCAAUCGUGCAAACCCGGGCAAAGUCCGUCCCCAGUUUCGCGGAGAAAAUCUUUCGAAAACCGCACGAGAAUCCUUGUGGUGAGUUCACUGAUCUAUGCGGAGGGCGGAUCAUAACGCAUACAACGGAUGAAGCCAAGGCAGUGAGCCAGCUGAUCGAGGAGCGCUACAAUACCGAUGCGAAGAAUUUCGCGGAUCACACGAGCCGUUUGAAACCUGGGGAGUUCGGCUACAGGUCUGUGCAUUACAUUGUCAGAUUUGCACCGGAGGACUUGGGAUCUACUUGUGAGGACCUGUGCAAUAUGGAGAAUCUCCGGGCGGAGAUCCAGAUCCGGACAUUGCUGGAACAUGCCUGGGCCGAUGUGUCCUAUGAAUACGCGUAUAAACCUGAUUUUGAGAUGCCUGUGAGAUACCAACGGGAGACGUUCUGCGUUGCGGCGCUUCUGGAGGAUGCAGAUGAUAUGUUUUCGCGUAUUCGGAACGGUUUGCGACAGUACUCUGUUAGUUAUGGGACUUACAUGAGUCCUUCCCAGAUCCGGGAAAAGAUUGAGCUACUUAGGUUUGUGCUCGAUACAGCCGCCGUUUCGGAUCGCGAGAAGGUUGAAUUGUCUUUCAAGAUCGGCUCCUUGGCUCUGGAGCUUGACAAGAAGGAAGACUGGGCUACUGCUAUCCAACUGCUCGACAAGCAGAAAGCCUCCAAGAACCCAGCCGUUCUUCUACGUCUCGGCUCCUUGAUUUGUCUACUGCGGUGUGAUAAUCCUAAGGGUCGUGAAUUUCUCGAAGGGCAGCAUUACUUGCAGAGUGCUGUUGAGACAUCCGCAUCCGAUGUAGAGCCUUAUACUGCUCUUGCAGCUACAUACGAACGUCAGGGAAGGGAUUCAGAGGCUAGAAAAUGCUACAGUCACGCGUUUUCCAUAGAGCCAUCCAGCCCCAGUGUGCUAAGAGGCUUCCUUAGCCUUGAAAUAGAUUUUCACAAAAACUUCUCAGUCGUGGAUUAUCUGAGACCAAUCAUCCACAAUGCCAUCCAGCUCUCCCGGCAGCAGAUCGACGUCAAGAUAAACCUGCCCUGGGCUUUCUACAACGCAGGUUUCUUCCACCUUCUACUUGGCGAGCAGGAUCUCAGCCUGACGGCGUACUGCAAAGCCGUUGAACUCAGCUACACCACGCACGCCAUCGAUCAAGCAGCCGAGUCCGUGAGAAAGCUAGAGCAUGCCAGAGGCGGCCCACCACAUCUUGAAAUCCCAUUGACUCUGUUAGAACUGAGCUCGACGGCAAAGGCUGGCGAAAUGCCCACUGCCCCAUUCGGAUAUAAGCCAAUUACUCAACCUGUAGUGGUAAUCUCAGGCUCGAACUGUGACCCCACUGCAGACACAGACCUAGAAAACCAGUACGCCAAAGUAAUCACACCAUUCCUCAGCAACUUCAAAGGCACAAUUAUCUGCGACGGAAUCCGACAAGGUAUAAGCAAGACCAUAGCCGACGUCAUCGACAACAACGAUACUCUAUCCCGCAGCAUCACACUGAUCGGAUACCUACCACGCAAUAUCCCUCAGGGGAUCCACGUAGACAAAGAACACUACGAGAUCCGAACAGUGAACAGCAUGGAAUUCUCCGCGCUACAACCCCUCCAGAAAUGGUCCGAUAUCUUCAAAUCCGGGAUCCAUCCCUCGGAAGUGAAAGUUCUCGGAAUCGGUGGGGACAAUGUUUCCGGCUUCGAGUACCAAAUGGCGCUGGCGUUGGGGGUUGGCGUAUAUCUUCUUUCCGGCAGUGGGGGGAAAGCGGAUGAGGUUCUGGAUGAUGAAGAUUGGAAGUCAUCAGAUUGCUUGUUUGCGCUACCGCAGGACCCUUUGACGAUUUUCACGUUUCUGAUACCACGGUCUGAGGAGCUUGAGUCUUCUUAUCGGGAUGGGAUCGCCAGAACCAUACAUGACAACUAUCGGAGAUAGCAACAGAGUGAGCUUGAGACUAAUAUGGCGCCGUGGGAUAGACUUCCGGAGGAAUUGAAGGAUUCCAAUCGCCAGCAGGCUGACGAUAUUUCGGCGAAGCUGAGGUCUAUUGGGUGUGAGAUUCGAAAGAAGUCGGUUAGGUAUAGUAAUGUUCGUGUGCGCCCACUGACGGAAUGUGAGGUUGAGAAGCUCGCGGAAUGGGAACAUGCUAGGUGGAAUCAUGAACGUUUGGGAAAGGGGUGGACGCUGGGAGCGAAGGAUGUGAAGAAUAAGAAGACUCCUUAUCUAGUAAACUAGGAUGAUUUGGAUAACCAGGUCAAAGAAUGGGGCAGGACAGCUGUGAAGAAAAUCCCGGAGCUAUUGGCAGCAGUUGGGUUAGAGAUUGGGACGAUUGGGAAAUAGGAUUGAACAACGUGCUGGGGCAGGGAUAUUCUCUGCUGUAGGAAUGAGACUAUAUAUAACCUUUGCAAUAGGGUGUUCUAG